AUGGGACAGUCGAGACCGAGAAAAUCACUGGCCGGUAGAGAGUUGGUAGCCAAGGACUUUACGAAACUAAGUCGGCAAGAAAAAGAAAGCAAUGGCAGUCUGAUGAUAUGCGCAAAGCAAGAUGUUAGAAGUAACAGGUUAGUAACAGCAAAACGUUAUAACGUUCCACGAGCAACACUUUAUCGCUUGUGCAAUAAAGAAGGUUCUCCUGAUACUGUUUGCAGUACUACAUUAGGCCGAAAAACAGCUUUGCCACCGGAAUUUUAA